AUGGAAGUCAAUGGUGAACCAGAUAUAGCUGGUAUUUUCAGCGCGGCUUUAAUGCCAUUGAAAGAUAUGAAACAUGCAGAUAUUUUGGACCAGUAUGAAAUGAACAUGGCUGAUGGAAAUAUAACACCUGACGUUCUAAAACAUUUAUCUCAAAGAACUACACAGAACCAUAGAGAUGGUAUAUUUGGUGAAGAGUUUAGAAAGAAAGUUAGGGAGGGCGAAGGAAGAGAACCUAUUGUACAUGACCUUGCAAACGAAAGUUUACAAAAUGUCAUAAAAACUUACUUUGCAGACAAUGAAAUGAGAAGGGAUGAAUAUUUAAGAAAACUCAAAUGGACAGUACCAAAUGAAAUGUUAGUAUUGAAAAACAUGUUCCUUGACAAAAUAAAACCAACUACAGAAAUAAACGACGCAAGACUGAAAGAUUGGGUAAAAGCUUUCCCAUUCACAAAAGAUAUAGUUGGUAACAUGGAAAGAAAACCAGAAUGGCUACAAAAACAUAUAUUUGGAAACGAGCUUAUUCCAUAUGGACAGGCACUGUUUGAAGAGCUUGAACCAGAAACUCAGGAAAGAGUCAUGCAAACAAUACGCAAAGACUCAAAUACAGACUAUGACAAACUCUUUCUAGGAUAUAGGUUACCUGAGAUGGGCGACCAGAGCCAAAAGCAAAAAGGACAUGGGAAAUUUGCAACAUACUAG